AUGCGCUACAACUAAGCGCACCACACCUUCCUGUCUCCCUUGUCCCCCUCUCUCCCUCGUCAUGUUCUCUCUCUCUCUCUCUCUCUCUCUCUCUCUCCCCUUCCUCCCUACUCUGAUCCAGAUCCAACCUCGGUGCCAUGUUGUGCCUUCUUCCCCAUCGCCGCCGGCCACCAUCCCCACACUUUCUCUCCCUUUGUCCGUGGAUCCAUCUCUUCCAUGUACGCCUCCCACACCGUCUCCUCCAUCCCCCAUCUCAUCACUAGGGAAGACAAGGCAAGCGGGAGGAAGAUCGGUCGUGUAGGUCAGAUCCAUCCGCCACGACCUCGACGGAGAUGGCCCAGUGGAUGGAGCGGACCUGCAAAUCGUCAAGCCAAGGGCAACAAGGCUCCAUCCUUGUUCUCUUCUCCAUGGGGGUCACGCACAGGGCUCCACCUACAAGUGAAGAGAAGACCACUGCUCCUCCGGGUCUGCUUCUUCCUACUCUUCAAGGAUAUGGAUGACUAUGUGAACGUAAGCAGGUUUCUUCCCAAACUUAACAAUGAGAUACUAGGUGAAAGAAAUGAUCCCUACAAGGUUGAGCAGCCUAGAGAAUUUAGUACUGAUCAUGGGGUGAUCGUCACAGACUACCGCACCCGGUGGGCAUCGUGCUCUUCAACAACUCAGAGACGGACUUCACCGUGAAGCCCGGCGACUGUGUCACGCAGAUGAUUGUCCAGGUGAUUGUGAUGCCGGAGGUCGACGAGGUGGAGGACCUUUACGCCACCGUCAGGAGGUUGCCGAGGUGGAGGACCUCGAUGCCACCGUCUGGAGGUUGCCGAGGUGAAGGACCUCGACUCCUUGGUAGAUACAUUUAGAAAAGUGGUCUGGUUAGGUUGGUGGUGGGACGCUAGGGAAGGUACCCACCUUUCGUGAUGGUUGUGUGCAUCUGAUGUAUAAAUGGGAUCUCAUGAUUUCUUUGAGUUCAGAUUUUCAAUGUUGUAUACAUGAACGAUGCAAGUGCUAAGAUGGUUCUGUGACCUUUGUACUAGAUGUGUCUUGAUUUCCAUC